UUACUUCACGUGUCACAUCACGCCAGCUGGUGCCAACGCGCGCACGUCGCGUGAACGCCGGACGAACACGCAUACGGUGUGUACCAUCCGCGGUGGUGGCUCGUCACUCGAGCUGAGCGCUUCAUCAUUACGUGAGACACGCAUUCUAUUAUCAAGGGGCUGCGACGAUGGCACCGAAACAGAGGAUGCGCAUCGCCAACGAGAAGGCGACGAAGAACAUCACGUUACGGGGAAACGUCCCCAAGUCGUCGAAAUCGCAAGAGGAGAGCUCUCCGGUUGGUCCUUGGCUCCUAGCUUUAUUCCUCUUUGUCGUUUGUGGAUCUGCUGUAUUUCAAAUCAUUCAAAGUAUCAGAAUGGCUUAAAGAUGAGGAAGAAAGGUGCUACUUUUAAUCUUAAUGCAACAUACCAUUUACAACUUGUUGCUAUGCAAAAGAAAGAUUGGCGGAUUUUUCUAAUAAAUUAUAAAAUGGAAGAGAGAUGUUGCAGGAAACGAGAUGUAUGCUCGUAAUGGCAAAAUUUGAACAGUAGCUGGAAAAUUAUUUUUCAUUCAUGAAAGCUCAAAGAUUUAUUUAUAACAUUUAGCAUUUAUAAGCGUUUAACUUAAUUGCGCUACACAUAGAUGAAAGAAGAGCAUUGAAAAUAAUACUGUUUCCAAAGGAAAUCUUAUUAAUCAAAAAUUAUGAAAGAAAAUAAAUAUUUGUUUAUAUUUGAUUCUUUACUAUGUUCUAAACAUUAAUGUUUCUGUUAAUAAUGUACAUGUUAACGUGUUUUUUAUACUCUGCUCCCUCUCAAAUGUACAUUCUUUCGUCUAUGUGUAUGUAGUAAAUAAUUGUAUAUACAGGAUUUAUUGUGCGGAUUUUUCUCCUCAAGCAGGCCUGUCUAAUUGAUAGCAUAUAGGCUCGACAGUUUGACAGACUUGUUCCAAAGCAUUCCACUGUAAACAGUUGGUAGGCUUUCUGUUGUUAUAAUGGCCUUUGUACGAUGCUUACGCAUUAUCGAUGUGCGUUAGGGGUCAUUAUAUACUUAUACAAAUAUAUAUUAUAAUAUACACAUAUAUAUCAAGAAUGAUUUGUCUAUACAGAUAUUUGAAUAUUUGCUACACUGACAGUGCAUUAUAUCUCUUUUAAUAAAAUGUAUUAUCAAUAAAGAUAUAUAUUGUUUUA